CAACCGGCCCUUAAAAAAACCACGCAACAGCCCCCCUUCUCUCCUCCUUUCUCUCCAAUUCCAACCACACCGGCAAUUAGAUAACAUGGCUCACCGCCUCACUCACCGCCGCAGCUUACCGGCACCGGAACCCAACCCAUCUUCCCAUCCCUUAGAUCCCACCCUAAAAAAGUCGCCCAAACCGACCAUAACCACUCAUCCAACAACCCGAAGCUCAGAUCCGUUAAUGGCUUCCAAGAAGCCCUUUUUCAUCACCAAUCGCUUCUCCAGAUUGAGCCUCAAUCACAAAACCCAAAAGCCUACCAACACCCAACACAGUAGAGACAUCCAUUUACAAGCCAAAGCUUUGACAGUUUCAGCUGAUGCUGAUUCCUCCAUUUUUUCACUUAUCAAAGCAAAUCAUCUGUUGGCCCAUGAAAAGGCUAAAGAGUCAUUAAAAGAAUCGGUCAGGAAAGCGUCAAAGGAUUUGGGUAGAAAGAAACAGCAGCAACAACAACAACAACAUCACCAAAGUUCAGUACUUGAUAGCAAGAAAUUAGCUUUGACGGUGAAGGAGAAACAGUUGAAGAAACGAGAUGAAGGGCAUGAUAAUGAUGAUAUGAAGAAGGCUUCAGCUUCAUUAGGCAGAAGGAGAUCCUUAGGCGGUUCACAAGUAGAGUUGGGUGAUAUUCUUGCAAAUUGUGGUGUCAAAAUUGUUUCAGUUGAUAUGCCACCGUUUAUGCAGAUCCAUGCGGUUGAUUGUGCAAGAAAGACUCACGAUAGCCUUGAAAAGUUCACUUCUAAAGCCCUUGCCCUUACUCUCAAGAAGGAGUUUGAUGGUGUCUAUGGACCGGCAUGGCAUUGUAUUGUGGGGACGAGUUUUGGGUCUUUUGUAACACAUUCAGUUGGUGGGUUUCUCUAUUUCUCAAUGGAUCAAAAGUUAUAUGUCCUCUUGUUCAAGACAAGUGUCCAAAGAGCUGAUUGAAGUGUGGUGACAAACAUAGAACAAAAUUUGGAAGUUAAAAGGCAUUUGUAGUAUAGCAAAACUUUUGGAAGCUUAAAGCCAGUGUUUAUCCAUUUGUAGCUUGUACAUUGUUUUUCAUAAGAACAAAAGAGUAGGAUAUUGAAGUCUUUGGCAAGUGGUCUAGCCUGUAUGACAUUCUUCUUCUAAUGUAUCGUUUUAGAAAUACAGAAUCCAUUAGCAGCUCAUAUUCCAAUCA